UAAAAAACUCUCACACAACCUCUCACACAACUCUCAGAAAAUAUUUUGACUGCCUCACACAACUCACACCUUCAGCAACUUCUAUCACAAAACCUCUCUCAACAACUCUCACAAAACAUCAUACAACUCUCAUAAACUCUCAUACAUCAGCAGCAAAACAUUGCUCCUCUCACUCUCAUACAAUCUCAGCAGUAUAUUUGCUCAUCCUCAUGUCAAGUUCACAAUCUUUGAAGAAUAUUGAUAUAAAUGUAUACUUCGGUGGACCCCUUCACAAUCCUGAAGGGAUUGACGGAUUCCCAUUUAGAGGGGAGGGUAUCGAAUGCUACUACAUGAUGUUACGUCGUAAGUUGAAGACGUUGAAUGAUUUGAAGAGGAAAAUAAUGGACGAAUUGAAAUUGAAUCCUGCUUGGUAUGACAUCAAGAUUAUUUAUCGUUACCCACAAGAAGUCCUUCAUGAACGGAUAAAUUAUGGGUAUAUGGCGAUCAAAGAAGAUAAACAUGUAAAGAUGAUGUUUAAUAGGAUCCAGAAAAUGCCCCAAGUAAAUGCUGCUGAGUUGUAUGUAAGUUUGGAGGCACCUGCAGAUAACACUACUGAGGUGGUGCAAGAAACAACUACGGCUUUACAAUUUACAGCCCUAGAUGAUGGAUGCACUACAAUGGGAGGGUAUACGAUGGGAGGGUAUACUGCACAAGGGUAUACGAUGGGAGGUUAUACGCUCCCAUCUCAAGAUCAUGUUGCUAAUACUAGUGAAACCCUCUAUCGUGAAGAGACACAUUUAGAGGAGGAAGACGAAGACGAAGAUCAUGUUGCGAAUGAUGGUGAAAAUGUUGAGGUUGUGGAUGAGUACGAAGAGAGGAUUGAGCAAGGCGACUUUGAGAACGAUGUGGAUGAACAUGAAGUCGUUCCCAAUUUUGAAGAGGAAAAUAUGGAGGACCAUGAUGAAGGUGAUGCAAAUGAUGAUAUUGGUGUCCAGCAUAAUAGAAAUACGACCACUGGCUACAGACCUCCUGCUGAGUCAUUCUACUCAAAUACUUGGGAAGAUAUGGUUGAUCCUUCACGUCUUCAGAUACCAUUUGUCUCUACUUGGGAAGAUGGGAUGCAUUUUUCUAAAGGGUUGACUUUUGCAAAUAAAGAUGCGGUGAAACAUGCAUUGAUAAUAUACGCAGCAAAUGAUAAUAGAAAUUUUAUAAUCCGGAGGUCGACCAAAACGAAAUUGUGCGCCGCAUGUGUUGAUGACAACUGCAAGUGGUAUGUUGGGGCAUACAUGAAGACUAAAUUCAAUGGUAUGUGGAUGGUUACGUCUUAUGUGGGUCCACACACUUGUAUACCCUUUGGCCUAAAAAGAGAUGGUAGAAUGAUGGAUUCGCAUUUUGUUGCAUCAGAAAUUGUGGGGAGAUUGCAAAAAAAUCACACUACACGUAUUGAUGACCUAUGGGAGAUCAUACGUACUAAGUAUAAUCAUGAGCUUUCUUACUAUAAAGUAUGGGACGCAAAACAAAAGGCAAUUGCUAAGAUAUUUGGGGAUUGGGAGGAGUCUUACCAAAAGUUGCGAAAGUUGUUGUUGGCAUACUUGGAUGAGGACUCAGGUACCCAGUACAGCUAUCACACCAUACCUAGGCCAGACGAAGGUACUGCGGUACUACGCUAUGUAUAUUGGGCAUUCGCUCCAUGCAUUGCUGCAUUCCAAUAUUGCAGGCCAGUGAUUAGUAUUGACGGGACUCAUCUGUAUGGUAAAUACAAAGGGGUAUUGAUGAUUGCAAUGGCAACGGAUGCUAACCAAAAGGUUUUGCCUCUCGCCUUCGCUGUUGUGAACAAGGAGUCAGGGGCUAGUUGGGGGUGGUUUUUAGAGUGUCUCAGGACUUCCAUAGAGCAUGUCAUACCUAACGAUGGCAUUUGUAUUAUUUCUGACCGACAUAAAGGUAUCAAAUGUGCCAUUCGAGAGUGGCCUAGACGUGAGGACGAAAGAGAACAGGUAUAUCACCAAUAUUGCCUUCGACAUGUUGCUAGCAACUUCAACAGACACUUUGAUAACCCGAUUCUAAAGGCAUUGGCCUUGAAAGCUGGAUAUGCGAGUAAUGAAGCUAAAUUUAAGUCCAUAAUGCAAACCAUUAAGGAGGCCGAGAUUAAUUUACUGAGGGGUGUAGACCCUACUGAUACGCGGAUUGAACGUUAUAUGCCAUACACAUAUCUAGUGAGUGAGGAUGUGGAGAAAUGGACCCAGUCACAUGAUGGUGGAAGACGUUAUGGGGCAAUGACAACCAAUAUCUCCGAGUGCUUUAAUGGGGUACUUAAAGGUGCCCGCGGUUUGCCCAUUGCUGCAAUGGUUCAUUUCACUUGGUGCAAACUUGUUGCAUAUUUCCACGAUCGACAUAAACAAAUUACUUCUGAUCUCUCUCGAGGUAAGCUGUGGAGUGAUUAUGCAAUGGAGAUCUAUAGCAGAAAUGAGCAGAAAAUUGCAGGACACACUGUGAGGAAUUUUAAUCAUGCAGAGGGUGUAUAUCAGGUGGUUACCCCGUACAAUGACCAUAGAGGUGGAUGGGGAAACCACAGUCAUGAAGUGCGCAUAUUUGCUAGAACAUGUGGUUGCAGAAAGUGGCAAAACUUGAAGAUCCCUUGUUCACAUGCAAUUAAAUCAGAGUCUGAGUGGAGGGACGUUUCCGGACCACGAUGGGUGCCUGACCCACUGUUGUUGCGGGGCAUAGGUCGUCCUGUGAAGUCAAGAAUAAGGAAUGAAAUGGAUGGGGUACAGCGAGAACGGGGAAGCCGGGGGGAAGAUCCGGACUUGAGGGAGACUCAACCGAGGCAACAAUGCGGAGUGUGUCAUCAAGAGGGGCAUAACCGUAGAAGUUGUCCCAAUUCCCGUGGGGCAUCGACAAGUGGCAAGCGGAAACUCGAUUUUGCUAAGUCACAUUGUACGUGGGACUUGUGGUUAUCUUUUGUAUGGACAAGUGCUAGGUGA